UCUAUAUAAAUACAGUAAUUGAAUAAAUAUCUCGGUAUAUAACAAAGACGAUUGUACAAACGAUACCAAGCAAGGUUGCGUUCUUGGUAAAAAAAGUGACGUUAAAAAAAACAUUGCCAUUAAGUCACAAGAAUGUUAUAUUUUCUUGAAAAACAAUUUCGCAAUGCGCGCAAUCGGUUGGGGAUAUACGUAUAAAAUAGAGAAUAGCAAACAGUUUUUCGUAGUGAAACGAAUUUUCAUCCACUGUGCUUUUACGGUGAUUUGCUCGUAUAGCAUUGUAAAGAAGAAAAGAGCAAAGAUUAACGAUUCGCUUGCGAUUUGGUAACCAGACGACUUGUUGCCCAGAUCAAUGACUGUCUGCCAGAUAUAUAGAUACUCUUUAAUUGAAAGAUUAAGAUUCUGCCAACUUUUUAAAAUUAAAUAAAUACCUUAAACAAUCAAUAUCUCUUCAAGGUAGGUUUACUGCUUCAGUGGAAUUCUCAGCGACAUAACGGCACAGUUAUAUAAAUCGAUCUACAAUACAGUGUUUAAGUUUUUGCAAGAAUUGUGCUCUCGGUUUUAGCAUUGCGAGACGGAAAGUAGUAAUUCAAUUCACUUUGUUUCUGGGCUGUAGAUUUCGAUCGCAAUAGAUCUGUUUCAUUUUACGCUUUUACAAAGCGAUUGUGCAUGAUUCUUUAAUCCAGAAGAUAUGGACACCUCGGAGUUUACGGAUUUUGCGAAAGCAGUUAUCGACUUCGUCGCUGAUUACGUCGACAAUAUAAGGGACAGAAACGUCCUGCCCGAUGUCGAGCCGGGUUAUCUUAUCAAAGCUUUGCCAAAGGAAAUGCCCGAAAAAUCGGAAAAAUGGCAAGAAAUAAUGAAGGAUAUCGAGCAAUACAUUAUGCCAGGGAUCACGCAUUGGAACUCGCCAUUUUUCCAUGCAUAUUUUCCAACGGGUAACUCUCUACCCUCUCUUGUGGCCGAUAUUAUGAGUAGUGCAAUUGGAGCUGUAGGGUUUUCGUGGAUAACAUCGCCAGCCUACACCGAACUCGAAAUGGUCAUGUGCGAUUGGCUUGCACGGCUAUUACAUUUACCGGAAGACUUCUUAUUUUGCAAAAAUGAGAAUGGCGGAGGAAUCAUACAAGGGUCGGCAAGUGAAUGUACAUUUGUGUGUCUGUUGGCUGCGAAAGAUUACGCAACCCGACGAGUGAAAAAUCUUUAUCCAGAACUGGACGAGGAUCAGAUUAAGUCCAAAUUGGUGGCAUAUACCUCCAAUCAAUCGAAUUCUUCGGUGGAGAAGGCUGGGCUUUUAGGAUCGGUACCGAUGAGAUUAUUGUCGGUGAACGACAAGCAUUCUCUGCGCGGAGAAACCUUGAAGAAAGCGAUCGAGGAAGAUUUGGAGAAAGGCCUGAUCCCAUGCUACGUCGUCGCGACUUUGGGUACUACUAAUAUUUGCGCUUUCGACAAUCUCGAGGAAUUAGGGCCUAUAUGUAAAAAGUACAAUGUGUGGUUGCACGUCGAUGCUGCUUAUGCGGGCGGAUCAUUCGUCUGUCCGGAAUAUCGUUAUUUAUUAGCCGGCGUUGAGUAUGUGGACUCAUUUAAUGUGAACGCACAUAAGUGGCUUCUCAUCAACUUCGAUGCCUCGAUAAUGUGGGUGAAAGACUCAAGACGACUUAUAGAAGCAUUCAGCGUUAGCAGAACCUAUCUUCCUCCUGAUAAGAAAAUCGUAGCCGAUUAUAGACAUUGGCAGAUCUCGUUGGGUCGACGUUUCCGUUCAUUGAAGAUGUGGUUUGUUUUCCGCAUUUAUGGCGCGGAAGGACUUCAACGGCACAUUCGUCACACAAUAAGAUUGGCGCAUGUCUUCGAGGAGUACGUCAGAUCGGACGAUAGAUUCGAGAUAGUCGCCGAAGUCUGCAUGGCUAUCGUUUGUUUCCGUCUCAAAGGUGAUGAGAGUUUGACAAAGAAGCUGCUGGAUCGUCUGCAGGCUAGAAGACGGAUUUAUCUGGUCGCUGGAUCGUAUGAGAACAAGGUUAUCGCCAGAUUCGUCAUUUGCAGCAGAUUAUGCACGGAAGAGGACAUCGCUGUCUCGUGGAACGAGAUAAACAGCCAGACAACAGAAAUUUUGCAAGAGGAAUUAUGUAAAGAGAAGAUCCAUGAUGCUACAAAAUUGCCGAACGAUAUCGCGACGCGAAUAGCGGAUCUUAAUCUAAAUACAAAGGAAAUUUCACAAAAAAUAUCAUAAUUUGUUGUAUUUGCAAUAAAAUUUGCACGCUAGACUUGCACUUCUUUGCAUUAUCAUAUAUUUGCUUACGCAUUCGCAUUUUAUAUAUAGAUUCCAGAAUUAUGUAUGUAGGUGUAUAUAUCUUAGAAUUGGACUUACAAAUAAAUCUUCAUUAUAAAAUACGUUAUAUGCACGUAAAACUAUGAGAAAUAAUUUUACAACGUAAAAAAAUAAGCUUAAUUAUGUUAAGAAAUGAUAAUAUUAUGUGUAGUUAAAUAAAUUAUUACGGUAUACGCAUGAAAACACAUGUUCGGCGUUUUUACCUACUAUUGUUGAAUCGUAUUUUAGCGAUAAGAUAACAACAUUUUAAAAUAUGCUCAUCAGAAUUAAAAUUAUUAAAAUUAAUAAUAAUAAUAAUUAUUAUUAUUAUUACUGUUACAUUAGUGAACGUCGACGUUCUUGAUUCUAACAUCAGAUAGUAGGAAAUGAUAACUGGGCAACAGUAGACGGUCAGAAUAAUCGAAAUUCUUUGUUUGCGAAUGACAUGUCUCUCUCGUGGCAAUCCGCCUUUGUAUGUCUAAAUUUACGAGGAUUAGAUAUUAUCUUUUUAUGAUAAAUCUACUAGUUUCAACAGUUUUCAUCCAAUGAGAUGAUCCUUUCGAGAUCCAGGGUGUCAUCCUGGAGGCUACAGCGGUUUCUCAUAAGGUAUGAGACAUUAUAAGACGUAUCGUCAAUCGACAUGUCAAGUAAAAUCACAUUUGCUUCUUUCGAAAAUCGCGAAAUUUUUUGCACUUCUUAAUAAUUCUUCUUAAUAAAUUUUGUAGUAUUAAUUUUGUGAUUAAUAAAAGUCUGUGAAA